AUGUGCAUUGCCCUCAGAAAGCUGCCAUUACUCUUGAUGGGGAUAGUUUGUAUUACAGAGUUUUGUGCUGCACCCUCUGCUCUUCAGAAAGAACCUAAGUGUGGGCAGAAAGUUCAAGAGACAAAGCCAUGGAAUUACUUUAACAUUUUCACUCGGACUGUUGGGGGAAACCAGGUGAAACAAGGCUCACAUCCAUGGCAGGUUUGUUCAUCUGUUUUGCCAGCCUGCCUUCCUGAUCCCGGAGAAAAGUUUGAAGCAGGAUAUAUCUGCACUGCUUCUGGUUGGGGCCGUUUAAAUGAGAAUGGAGUACUCCCUCGGGUCUUACAUGAAGUCAAUCUACCAAUCCUAACCAGUAAGGAAUGUUCAAGAGCAUUAUCAACUUUAAAGAAACCCAUCCAAGGAGACACUAUAAUGUGUACUGGAUUUCCAGAUGGAGGAAAAGAUGCCUGCCAGGGAGACUCGGAAGGCCCUUUUAUGUGCUGAAGUAAGCAUGGCGCCUGGACUCUUGCUGGUGUCAUCUCAUGGGGGAUGAGAUGUGCUUGUGCCUGGAUAAGUAAUGAGGAGAAGAAACAUUAUGACAGAGGAUCUCCAGGAAUAUUCACAGGCCUGAGUGUGGUGCUUUCCUGGAUUCAAGAGAAUAUGAGUGCUGAUCUGAAAAUGAAAAGCUCCACAGCAUUUUGUAGUAUUCAGGAUGGCAAACUCCCUGACAGUGAAGGAGAAUUAAAUUUUCCUGGAAGUCCUAAACAGUUCUAUCAAAACCACCAAUUGUGUGUAUGGACUCUCUUUGUACCAGAAGGGAAUUAUGUGUCACUUCAUUUUUCCCACUUUGAUAUCAAGCAGGGAAUAUUUUGUGACUAUGAUUCUUGAUCAGUCUUUUCAAAAGACAACAGACUUAUUGGGAAAUUCUGUGGAGGAGAUAUUCCCUUACCUAUUUUGAUUCGUUCCAAUAGUAUAAGGCUGAAAUUAAUUUCUGAUUACAAGGAUUAUGGAACUGUUUUUUCCUUGACCUACAAAGCUGUUACUCCAGAUAUUCUUCCUGAUGCUGGCUGUGAAUUCUUAGCUGUUCUUUUUGAAGAAGGAGUGUUACAAAGUAUGCACUAUCCAGAGCACUAUAGCAACAUGGCAGAUUGUCAAUGGAUUAUUUGUGCACCACAGGAUCAUAUAAUCAAGCUUACAUACCAGUCUUUUGAAGUAGAAGAGAGUGAAGAUUGCUCUUAUGAUGCUGUGACUGUGUAUGAAGAUGUGCAAAAAGAGGAGGAAAUUGAUAAGUCUUGUGGAUUUGCCCUACCAGCACCUGUUCUAAGCUCCACUGCCAUGAUGCUUGUUGUCUUUCACUCUGAUGCAACAGAGGCCUUUAGUGGAUUCAGAGCUACAAUCUCUUUUGUUCAUGCAACGGAUUUAGAUACUUUGCAUUCAACCAGUGAAGAAUCUAAAGAUAUGGAUAUGAUUGAAAAAGAAACACAGGUUACAACAGGUGAUACUUGUGGAAUGCCUUCAAAUCAAUCCAGGUUCGUCUUCAGUAGAAUAACUGGAGGUGAAGAAGCUGUACCACACUCAUGGCCAUGGCAAGUCAGUGUACAAAUUUCAGAUGAGCAUAUCUGUGGAGGAGCAGUUCUUGCCGAAGAAUGGGUUGUCACAGCUGCUCACUGCUUUAAUUCUACGGAAUUAUACAGAGACUUAUGGAUGGUGGUAACUGGCCUCCAUGAUCUUACAGAGCAAGAAUAUAGACAGAAAAGGUCAGUAAAGCAGUAUAUUAUGCAUCCAAAUUUUAACAAGACCACUAUGCACUCUGACAUUGCCUUACUGGAACUGACCGAGCCCUUAGAAUUCAACCACUUUGUGCAGCCAGUGUGUCUCCCUGCCAAGGUGGAGGCAGUCCAGCCCUGGGAUGUGUGUGUUGUCACAGGAUGGGGUGCACAUGAAGGAGACAGAGAAAAGGGGAAGAAGCUGCAUCAGCUGGAAGUCUCCAUCCUGAUGCUUGACACUCAGCACUAUUAUGUAAAUCUUCCCAGUAAAGUGACCCAGAGGAUGAUCUGUGCUGGAUUCCCUCUGGAAGAAGGCAAGGACUCAUGCACAGGUGAUUCUGAUGGCCCAUUAGUUUGUCCUUCAGAAGAUAACUCAGGAUCUUACACCCUUCAUGGUAUCACUAGCUGGGGCUUGGGAUGUGGAAGGAAGAGAUACCCAGGGGUAUACACAAAUGUUGGUGAUUUUGCUGACUGGAUCAAACGGAGUGUUAAUAGUAGUGAUGUGUCACCGCCUUGCGCAGCCCCGCCCUACACGCUUGAGAGGGAACAGCUCUAUCUCGCCUUUUCUGUUGAAGGAACG